AUGCCCUCAACUAACGCCUUCCUUCCCCCCGAUUCCUCUUCCUCCCCUCCCCCUUCGCGCCCGCAGGACAUCCGCGCCUUGCUGCAGCGGUGGCAGCCCUACCUGUCGCGCGCACAGUUCAUCUUCGUGCACGCCACCGCUCCCAACCGCGCUGCACUCUUCGGCACGGCGGCAGAGGCGCAUGCGAGUCGGGGCGCAGCAGCGGGGGCGGGGGCGGUGCUGGCGGUGCGCGACCCGCGUGUGCGGCGGGUGCCCUUCCCCGUGCGCCGCCCCACCGUCAAGGAGGCGCUGCGCGUGGCGCACUCGCUGGCGCACGUGCACGUGCUGGGGGGGGCGCGCAGGGCCGAGGGUGGCGCGCACGGGGAGGUGGCGGUGGGUUGUGGGCAGGAGGGCGCGCUGGGUGUGGGUGUGGGUGUGGGUGUGGGUGUGGGUGUGGGUGUGGGUGGCAAAGGGGUGGCGGCAGUGAGCGCGAGGGAGGAGGGCGCAGAGCGCAGCACGGGAGAGGGUGGGGGGCAGGGGGGUGAGAGGGAGGUGGAGGAAAGGUUCCAGGACGCUGAGAGACGAGGUGAUGGGAAUGUGGAGGUGAAGGGAGAUGGGGAAGGGGAGGAGAGAGGAGAGGCGAGUGGGGCAAGUGCAGGGGAGGUGGAGGGGAAGGAGGCAGCGGGGCAAGGAUGGGGGAGUGGCGAUUCAGCGAGUUGCAAGAUGCAGUGGGAGGCUUCAAGGUUGGUCCGCAUGGCUCACCAUUUCUCCGCAUGUCCGCAUGGCUCACCAUGUGUCCCACCACAAAGGCAAACCGCUGCAUGGGCUCUUCUCUUUUUCUCCUCUCCUCUUUGCCCUCUCUCGCCCCACGCCAUGCGCGCAUGUCACGGUCACGCCCCUCCCGUCCUGGCAGGCAACCACGCGGAGGUGACUCGGCUGCUGCAGCAGGGCAGCGACCCCACGCAGCGGGACGGCAGGGGACGAGUGGCGUACGUGGUGGCGGCUAACAAGGCCACGCGGGACGCCUUCCGUCGCCACAUGGCGGCGCACCCAGCCCAGUGGGACUGGCACGCCGCUGCCGUGCCCUCCGCGCUCACUCAAGAGCUCGAGGCCUCCCAGGCCGCCCGCCAGGUGGGGAAGAAGAUUGUGGGGGGGAGGGCUGAGAGGAGAGCAGUGCGGUGGUUGAGGCUCUCAAGGGUAGGAUUGGAAGCCUGGUAG